AUGAUAGCUAUUGGAUAUUUUCAUAAUCUCGCACUAUCAUCGAAAGGUCAAUUAUGGUGCUGGGGUGCCAGUCCGCAGCAAGUCCGCGCGACCCACGCUCGCCGCGCAUCUACGCCGUCCACGCCCGCUACCGCUCCCGCUUCCUCUCCGCUCAUGGUCGGCCCAGACCCACAUCUCGUUCCGCAACUUGUCGAUACUCAGAAUGUACGCGGGAAGAUUGUACAGAUGUCAGCAGGUUGGCACCAUUCAUGUAUCAUCAAUAACGUCGGCACCAUUUAUACUUGGGGCUUGAAUUUUGAUGGACAGUUGGGAAGUGGCGACAGAAAACAAGUACAGAUACCGUCCGAAGUUAAGAUACGAACAGAUCAUCAACCAGACAACGUAAAAGGCAAGACCACAGACGUUGAAGCAGAGAGUGUGGAGGUGACUAAAUCCCUGGUCGCAUGUGGUGGGGACUUCACAGUGUAUAUAGAUGACGAUGGAAGGAUUUAUGCAACGGGCAAUAUGCAUUUGCAGGCAACCAACGAGAAGGAAACCAACAACAGCCGCGUCAUCAUGAUGAAGACAACGAAGCGAGUCAUCAAAAUACCAGCCAGUCGCAGCAACAAUAAGUUUUUGUUCCAGUACGUCGAUAGAAUCGACAUCAUGUUCCCAUUUGCCAUCGAUGAUCUACAAAGAAAACCUAUCGAACCAGCGCUAAACCCUCUAUCCUCCAUGGUGGAUUUCAAGAAGAAAUCCUGGGCUGAUGACGUCAUACUUAUAUUAAAACCCUGGGUCAACGAAGAAAUACUCCUUGGAAACCCCAACAUGGCGGCCAAAUUCGCCUACCACACUAAAAACUACUCGGACUGCCUCAAGUUCUCGUUAAAAACCCUAAAGAACUUCCCCCAAGACGACCAGCUAUACUUCACCCACCAGGAUUUAGACGAUUCCGAUACAAGAAAAAGAGACGAGUUAAAAAUCAUAAUCUCCAACUCGAUAUCGAAACGUAUCAAAGACAUAUCGAUGAAUAUAUUGAAUGAAGAACCGUAUUCGAUUGUCGAUUCGAGUCUUUUCGCGAGUCUGCCGUGUUGCUGCGACGAAUUGAAGUAUUGCGUUAAACGCGUACCACUAUCGAUUACUAACGUCUCAGAAAUCGAUUUAUCGAAUCGAGCUGCGCAGACAAUCGAUAAGUGCAUGAGCUUGUUCCCGAUCGAUACUAAACUGUGGGAGACUUGCUUUCGACUGGCUAAAGAUUUCUUUGUUGCGAAUAAUUUAUCCGUUGAGGAGUUAGAAGCUGUUUUACGGAAGUAUAUGGAAUCAGACGCGACUGCUAUGGCCUCGGCUAUCAUGUUUUCCAACGACUGUGGACAAUAUAACGACAUUUUGACACCCAAGUUCUAUUUGAACAUGUGCAGUGAGAUUUUGGACACCUGGGGUUGA